GGGCGGGACUUCCGGCAGCACAGGUUCGGAGCACAGACUGGCACACUUCUCUCCGUCAAAUCUUCAACAAAAACGACUCAACUCUGCGUUUUAAAAUCUGUGAUGAGUAAAAGCGAUGGACGAUAUCAAUCUUCACUAUCGUUUUCUGAACUGGAGGAGACGAAUCAGAGAGAUCCGCGAGGUGCGAGCUGUGCGCUACCGAGAGAGGCUCAAACGCAUGAGACGAGACGGAGACAUCAUCAGGUAUCAAGGGAACGCAGAUGAAGUGGGCUGUUUUGUGGCUGCCAGACCACUGUCUAAAAGGAAUCGGUAUUUUGAAGUGACGAUCGUGGACACGGGGGUGCGGGGAAUGAUCUCUGUGGGUCUGGUGCCUCAAGCGUAUAAACUGGACCAUCAGCCCGGCUGGCUCCCAAACUCUGUGGCCCUACACGCCGACGACGGCAAGCUGUACAAUGGGAGCACAGUGGGGCAGCAAUUUGGAUCAAAGUGUUGCCGUGGCGACCGCAUCGGCUGUGGCAUCAGCCCCGAGUCUGAGGAGGGCCAGAUCACCGUGUUCUUCACCAAAAACGGGAAAGAGGUGGGGAGCGUGGACGUGCCCUCCCCUCCUGACCCCCUGUUCCCCGCUGUGGGGAUGCACUCUCUGGGGGAGGAGGUGCUCUUGGACUUGACGGCAGAGUGGGGUCCGGAGGAAGACGAGGGGCUCAUGAUCGUCGACAGCCAUGAGGAAGACUGGGCCCGCCUCCAUGAUGUCAAAGUGCUGGGAACGGUGCUGGAGUACGUGGGCAGAGGUAAAAGCAUCAUGGAUGUGGGUUUGGCUCAGGCGCGGCGUCCUCUGAACACACGGUUUCACUAUUAUGAGCUGGAGAUCACUGACCCUGGGGAGAAGUGCUACAUCGCUCUGGGACUCGCCCGAAAGGACUAUCCCAAAAACAGACAUCCGGGCUGGAGCAGGGGGUCGAUCGCGUAUCAUGCAGAUGAUGGGAAGCUGUUCAGUGGCAGUGGUGUUGGAGAUGCUUUUGGACCACGCUGUUUUGAAGGAGACAUUAUGGGCUGUGGCAUCAUGUUUCCUCGAGACUUCACCUGCGACAGUGAAGAGGAUGAAGAUGAGUGGGACAUGGAGGUGUUUGCCAAACCCAGUGAGGUCCAGAACGACCUCUACGUCAACAACGAGGAAGAGGAGGACGAAGGGGCGGAGCCAGAGGAAGGGAGGAAGGUCAUGGUGUUCUUCACUCGUAACGGGAAGGUGGUGGGUCGUAAGGAGGCGGUGCUGCCCCCCGGUGGAUUCUUCCCCACGAUCGGGAUGAUGAGCUCGGGCGAGAGGGUCAGAGUGGACCUGCACCCCCUCAGCGGUUAAAGCAAAACACAAACGCAGGAAUAAACAGGCCAAAGGCUAUCAAACGUGAACUGUACGGUUGCCACAAGAGGGCGCCGACGUCUGAGGAGUAAGGCUUUAAAAUGCUGGUUUAAGCUUGAAUCAAAACGUGCUUUAAAUCGAAUCGUCUUAUAAGGAAAUUACUUAAGGGCUGCACAGUAUUAGAAGAAAAAAAAUGCAAUAUCUAUUUUAAAUAUUGUCCUAAAUAAAUAUGGAAUGUGAUAGAUCUGUUUUAUAUAAAGUAGGGUGGUCAAAUGUAUCGAAAAUCAGAUACUAAUCGAUACUAAAACAAUAUUGAAACUAGAUCCUCAUUUAAGCAGGCAUCGAUACUAUAAAAUAUCACAUAACUGGAUGAACUUUGACCUUUCCUGAACAGUUUCAUCUUUCACAUUUCUGUUGAAAAUUACAAUAUUGUUUUAAAAAAUAGCUUUUAAAAUGAUCGUGUAGGUGUCAAAACCGAUAUCAGUUUGAAAUUUUAGCAUCACAACAACACUAAUAUAAAGUCACGUAGCUUGAGCGUCCGUGUCUUAUCCCCUAAAUAGAGAUUGACAGGUGGAGUAGCCAAUCAGAGGACAGGACUCUGAGCGAUCACCUCCUCAAAUAAAUGGACUGGAAUGAGUUUGUUUAUAUACUAAUACACUCAGAGGCAGAGUUUUGUGCUCCUUCUCGUCUCGUUCUUUCAGUCCAAAUCGCCGUUUAUAACAUUAACGUUUUUAGACAUGUUCCAGAGUAAAGCCCGUUCUGCUGUUUACAACUUCUCCAGGCUUGAACUGACGAUAUUUAUGAUAAAAUAAAUAGAUAGUAAACAUUAAAUCAAACCUCUAAGCUUCUAUAAGGCUGUGAUCAAAUGAGCUGUUGCUAUGGCGAUAUUGCAUUCAGUUUAUAAUAUAUUGUGCAGCCCAAUUUUACUCCAAAGCUGAACGCGGACUCACGUAUCCAACGGUUACCAAAACAGUCUUGUGUUUGUUUAACUUAAAGUGACAGUAUGUAUUUUUCUGGAGGUGGGAAGUCAACAGCACGAUUCCAUGGAAAACUUAAAACUAUACUUUGGAACAUUCUCUUUGGAAAUAGAAACAUUUUAUUGCAUACAGUGGAAUAUUCUAGCCAAAGACACAGCGUAACCAUGGAAACAAGCAGGAUGACGCGCUCCUUCAGGCCAAAUAAGAGUCAGGUUUGUGGAAAUGCAAGCCCGAUCAGAGUAAGAACACGUUUUUGUUUGUUUUUCAGUGCAAUAAACCCAUUAAUAAUGAAAAACAACUUUAAUUAUAGUUUAUUUUUUGGCAAAGAAAGUUACAUUCUGUGGCUUUAUCAAAAAAGUAGAAUUCACUGCGCUCUUACAAACCAAAAAGUGCUGUCUUUAAGUCCCUGUGUGGUGCAGGGCUGUGCGCCUAAUGCUCUUGGUGGCGUGUUACUGCCACCUGCUGGUCUUCCACGGUUUUGCACUAAAUCCAAUGUGCCUCUGUGUGUAAUUCUGUCCAGUUUUCAUUUCCAUGUUUUGUCUCGUUUAUGAAAGAUGAUGCUGUGGCCACAUUAUUAGGUACAGGUGUUUUAAUGUUCUUUAAAAAAUAAUGCUAACGGUUAAAUUAAGUUUUAAAAUGGUGACAUCUGUAUAAUCCCUCAGUCGCCCAGGUCUUUUAUUUUGAAAUGGACACAAUCGUAACAUAAACAUUUAAAGUUUUCACUCUAAUUUCUGUUAAACUUCUGUUGAUUUCUUACAGGGUUGUGCAAUACAAGUAAAAAUGUGUAAUUUGAAACAUG